AUGAGGUCCACGGGGACUAGGGUCAAGACCUAUCAAGGUCCGCAGGGACCACUCCUGGUCAGGGCACUCUUCAUUCCACGCUCAACUCCCCGUUUAUUUUUCUGCACGAUGCGAUCGUCGUCGGCGGUUCUUCCGAGCCAGUCGUUGACAUGGCCCACAGUGGUUGAACGUUCAACUCCUUCGUCCAUCUCGACAGGCAAGGUUCUUCCAGGUUUUUCGCUGCCUUUCUGUCACCCACGGCAAUGGAUGGACUCCAGGCCGGCCGGCGGGAAGCAACGCCCACCCACAUCGCCGACGCCGGCCAGCCUGCAGAAUAGGCCGCGCACACUGUCCACGCCCCGUCGACCCUGCGGGUGCCUGGUCAGCGCGUAAGCAGCCAGUAAGCAGCCACGAAGCACCACAGAGCAGCGCACACGCGCGCCCACAGAGGCCCGCCGAACCGCCAGGCUCCCACACCCGCGGGACGUGAUGCUGAUACUAUACAUGAGAUCACAGGCCUGCUAGGUCGACGCCUCGCCCAUCACAACGUGCCCGGUGCCGAGCGCCCAUCGCUCAGCUGCACCACCCGGUACAAAAGUAUGAUGCGCGUCGGCGCGACGCAGCACGGCAUGGAAGUGACAACCGCACGCAGUGCAAGUAAAUCACGGUCCUGAUAUGUCGGGCGGCAGCGCUCACCGCGUCGCGGUAUUAUGCUGUGUACGAGUCGGACGGCAUCUGGCGCGCAUGUGUCCUGAUGUUGGCACUGUCAGCGGUCCGCGUAAACUCGCGUCGCAUCUCGAUCCUGGGGUCGCCAGCCCGAAAUUGCGUCCUAAGGACGACCAGCAGCGCCAACCGCGGGUCCUAGUCCGCCUCGGAGGGUGCGUCCAGACUGCAGGAGAGCGCAGGCAGUCGGCAGAUCGACACAGCUUUGAAACGGGCCCGAAGAACCUUCCGCGCUCGGUGGGGCACAAGGCGAGUCGGGCGUGUGCGCAGCGCGCGAGGCGCUCGCGGCACCGACGUCGGAUCGUGCGUGCCUCCACGCCUCCGAGCGUCCGAGCUUCCAACGUCUCCGAGCUUCCGAGCGUCCGACGCCUCUCUCUUGAUAGACAACGAGCGCCGCGCCGCGCUGCGCAUCAGCAUCAGCACCGGCGACAACGCUGCAUCGACCAGUGA